ACAAAACUUGUUUAUGUAAUCAUGUCGAACAGCACUCGAAGUUUUCCCGAAAUCUCUUAUGUUAUCGGCCCAUGUGACUCGACACAGAUUAGUUCAAUUGCAGAUCAGCUAAGAGCAGUGAAGGACGGAGAAGCCUGUACUGUAAUAGACUUUAGGAAUUGCAGUGUUCUACAAUGCAUGACAUGCAACACAGUGCUUGGAGACUCUCUCGGCAUCUGUGGGGAAGUCCCGAGCCUCCAGAGUAUCAUUUGUUUGAAAGUUACUGAGGAUGUGAGGGUACACAAAAAGUUGGAGAUGAGUUUGAUUGGUAAACUGGCUUUCUCCACCCACCAAGUCCUUGACUGUGCUGGUUGCCAUAGUGCCAUUGGCCUUGUUCUUCACUCCACCCCAGAGCACCUGUCUGCUUUACAAAACCUCUUCCUUUUACGAAAAGAGCUCAUAAACUGCUACAUGCUAAGAAGUGGUGCAUGUGUUAAAGCCUCCAAAAUCAACUUCAAACACAGACUAAUGGACAAAAAUAUUAAAGAGCUGGAGCAGGAUUUAGAAGCUCAGCUGAAGCAGGUAAAGAUUCUGGAAGGAAUGAUGGAAAAAAUGUACACACGCAAUGUAAGCUAAAGCAGUGCCAGGCAUGGAAUAUGUAGUGGCUUUGUUAUAACUGCUGAAAUAGUGUGUAUUUAUAUUUUUGUAUUAUGUAUUGAAUUACAAUGUCAUUCUUUGAAAAUGUUUAAAAUGAGUGAAAUACUAACUCCAUUGGUUAUUGUAUUUCUUUAUUUACAUUAUGUGCAGAGAAAGGAAUAGUAUAACAGUAAAUAAAAGUAUAUAUUAUUUAAGAAAAAUGACUUAUCUAAUCUCUUACACUACCAGAUGAAGUAUAACACUGAAGAAAGAAAACACAACAUAUGUUUAUGAUUGGCACCAUGCUGCUUUUUUAUUGCUAAAAUUUUAUAAUUGUUUUGUACAAAAUCAUGCGGGGCGCAUCUGUAGUGCAUAGGUCAGACUAAGCAUAGAGUUUUACAUUCAGAGGCAAAAUCAGCAAUGCAAAUUAGGUCAUCAAAGCAUACAAACUUAUGUUCUGCACUAUUUGCAAUGAACUUGUAAUUUUAUUUCAUUUAAACUCACAAUUGUUAGUUUUGCUAAAACAUAUUGUAUCUUGCCCCUUGAAUCACAGACUUGUAACAUUUUAAUUAUACAAUACUCAAAUCCAAAAAA